UUUAACUUUGUAUAUACUCCAUGUUGGAAAGUGUUAUUAUUCUAGGUACGCUUUCUCUUCCAGGUUUUACAGUUGGUAAUUUUAGUAUACAGGUGCCAAUCAAUCAGAAUGUCAGAUAGUGAAGGAAGUGUAUAUUCUGAAGAUGAGAAGGAUAGGAGAAGUGAGGAUGAAGAUGAAGGGAGUGAUAUUGGAAGAAAGGGGCGUAGGAUUCACGACAGUGAGGCAGAGGAGGGAGAAGAAGAGGAUCCAGAACCAGAGGAAGAACCAGAAGGAGAGGACCUGGAUGACGAUGAUGAGGAGUAUGAUUCUGAAGAAUAUGAAGAUACUGAUGUCAGACAUAAAAGAAAGAAAUCAAAGCAUUCAGGAUUCAUCUUAGAAGAAGCUGAUGUUGAUGAGGAGGGUGAGGAAGAUGAGGAAGAUCUAGAAUGGGAAGAAGGUGCUGAAGACAUUAUAGACCGUAAGACUGGAUUUGAAGGUCCUAGCGCCAGGGACAUAGAGAGCAGAAGGCGCAUGGAGCAAAUGUGGAGCACUCAGAAUGAAGAUGAAAUUGAAGAAUACUACAGACGCAAGUAUGCUGACAGCUCCAUGGCAGAGAGGUUUGGAGAAGGAGAGGAGAUGUCUGAUGAAAUCACACAGCAAGGAUUGUUGCCUGGUGUAAAAGAUCCAAAUCUAUGGGUAGUCAAGUGUAGAAUGGGUGAAGAAAAAGCCACAGUUAUUGCCUUGAUGAGGAAGUUCAUUGCCUAUCAGUUCACAGAUGAGCCUUUGCAAAUCAAAUCUGUGAUAGCCAAAGAGGGGUUGAAGGGCUACAUUUAUGUAGAAGCCUACAAGCAGACCCAUGUCAAACAAGCCAUAGAGGGAGUGGGCAAUUUGAGAAUGGGAAUGUGGCAACAACAGAUGGUUCCAAUCAAAGAGAUGACAGAUGUAUUGAAAGUGGUGAAGGAGACAGUUCACCUUAAAGCAAAGGCCUGGGUGAGACUGAAAAGAGGGCUUUACAAGGAUGAUCUGGCACAGGUGGACUAUGUGGAGCCCUCACAGAAUGUGGUUCACCUGAAGCUUAUUCCUAGGAUUGAUUACAGCAAAAUGAGGGGUGUUUUAAGAUCAAGUGCCAAUGAGCCAGAGAAGAGGAAAAGAGCCAAGCGACCAACACAGAAAUUGUUUGAUAUAGAUGCCAUCAGGUCAAUUGGUGGUGAGGUGACAUCAGAUGGAGAUUUCUUCAUCUUUGAAGGCAACAGAUACAGUCGCAAAGGAUUUCUAUUCAAAAGCUUUGUUAUGGCUGCAAUAGUUGCAGAGGGUGUGAAGCCUACAUUGUCAGAGUUGGAGAAGUUUGAGGACCAGCCUGAAGAUGCCUCAGUGGAACUGGUUCCAGAAUCUCGCAGCGUGUCCGAAGUCUCUCACAACCUGGCACCUGGAGACAAUGUGGAAGUGUGUGAGGGAGAAUUGAUCCAUCUCCAGGGCAAAGUGAUCAGCAUUGACGGCAAUAAGAUCACCAUGAUGCCCAGGCAUGAAGAUCUCAAGGAUCCACUAGAGUUUCCUGCCCAUGAGUUACGCAAGUACUUCAAAAUGGGCGACCAUGUCAAAGUGAUCUCGGGCAGGUAUGAGGGGGACACUGGACUGAUUGUUCGUGUGGAGGAUAACAUGGUGGUUUUGUUCUCAGACUUGACUAUGCAUGAGUUGAAAGUUCUGCCCAAAGAUCUGCAGUUAUGUACUGACAGAGCCACAGGUGUAGAUACCAUGGGACAGUUCCAGUUUGGAGACUUGGUUCAACUAGAUCCUCAGACAGUUGCAGUCAUUGUCCGGCUGGAAAAGGAGAGUUUCCAGGUCUUGAACAUGCAUGGCAAGGUGGUUCAUGUAAAACACCAAGCUGUAUCCAAGAGAAGGGAUUCUACCAGAGCUGUUGCUUUGGAUGCAGAGAAUAACAAUAUCCAGGUCAAGGACAUUGUCAAGGUCAUUGAUGGCCCCCAUUCUGGGCGUCAAGGUCAGAUAAAGCACCUGUACCGUAGCUAUGCAUUCCUGUAUUCUCGCAUGAUGACUGACAAUGGAGGCAUAUUUGUGUGCAGGACCAGGCAUUUAGUUCUGGCUGGAGGGUCCAAGGUCACUUCCACAGGCCCCAUGCUGGCAGGUUAUAUGUCUCCUCGCCUGUCCAGUCCUGCUCACCCCAGUGGUGGGGGUGGGGGUGCUGGGGGGCCAGGUGGCGCAGGGCGUGGCCGGGGAACCAGCAACAGGGAUAGGGGUCUCAUUGGACAGACUGUCAGGAUCAUUCAGGGCUCAUAUAAAGGUUACAUUGGUAUCGUCAAGGAUGCCACAGAUACUACUGCUAGAGUGGAGUUACAUUCCAGCUGCAAAACUAUCUCGGUGGAUAAAACAAGAAUACGUUCAGUUAGUGAUGGCCGUCCAGGUGGCGCUUCAUCUUACACACCCAGGACGCCAAUGUACGGAAGUGGUGGCCAGACCCCCAUGUAUGGCUCACGUACACCCAUGUAUGGCUCUCAGACACCGCUCCAUGAUGGCAGCAGAACCCCCCACUACGGCAGCCAGACCCCCUUACAUGACGGUGGAGGAAGGACUCCUGCCUGGGAUCCCACGCAGUCUAACACUCCUGCAAGGGCCAACGACUUUGAGUACAACUUCGAUGAAGCAUCCCCAUCCCCUGCUGGUGUGGAUUAUGGCACGCCUAACCCUGCCACCCCUGGGUAUUCUGCUGACACCCCCAGUCCUGCAGGAGGGCCAUACACCCCGCAGACCCCAGGGAGCAGUUACUCCUACCAAUCCUCACCUUCUCCUGGAGGGUACACACCAAGCCCUGGAGGAUACAUCCCCACCCCGAGUCCUCAGGGGUAUGGCAGUAACACACCAUCCCCCUCUGGUUAUGGUAGCACCCCAUCACCCAUGGGGUACAGUCCUAUGACCCCCGGGGCACCAUACACACCACAGACACCUGGAACAGGCAUGGAGCAUGGUGCCGCAGACUGGCAUACCACUGACAUAGAGACGAGAAUCAAAGACACCCACGAUGAUCCUAACCUGAUCCACCAGAUAGGCGUCAUAAGGGGAAUCUCGGCUGGCAUGUGCUCCCUGUUCUUACCUGAAGAUGAGAAGGUGAUCACAGUGUCCUGUGAACAGCUGGAACCAGUGGUACCCACUAAGGGGGACAGGGUAAAAGUGAUCAUUGGUGAAGAAAGAGAGGCCUGUGGUCAGCUUCUGUCCAUUGAUGGCAUGGAGGGAGUGGUCAAGACUGACCAUGGAGACUUAAAAAUGUUGCAGAUGAGAUGUCUUUGUAAGAUGCCACCAGCCUGAAAUGAGACUGGUUAAGUAAAUCCAGAGACUUGUUGAGCUUUUACAACUGACUAUACAUAAAAUUUAUUCCCUGCAAGUGCUGCAAGCCCAAAAAUAAAAACACACAUAUAUACAAGGGAAGUCACCUUUCCAUAAUCCCAUGGGGAAAAGGACAUGAGAUUACUACUCUGACUUUGAAUUAGAUUCUGCAAAAAUUCACCAGCUUGUGCUCUAAGUAGAACAUAUUUUAAUUAUGAAGUCACAGUGUUGUUAACAGAAUGACACAAGUGAGGUUUUAUUUUGUGUUAACCUGGGUUUGCAUGCUUAUGUAAUAGACUCACACAGGAAAAGAAUUUGACCAUUUCACCUGCAGCCUAACACAGAAUGUGUUUGUAAUGACAUCCUAUUCAGAAAUUGUAAAUGUAUUUUGAUUAGCUUUAGAGUAGUUUACAGGUUGAUUGGAUUUUUGAAUGAGAAAAAUGUGGAAACUGUUUUGUUGUCAUUUACUGUUUUUGUAGUGUUCACUGACCAUCACUUUUUGUAGCCCGAAAAUAAGCGUAUGAAUGUCAUUUUUGAACCACUUAUUUGGCUGAGGAAGCCAUUUGGAAGUGACACUGUCAACCAUUCUGAACGAAUUUGAUGGAAAAUGCCUUGCUGUUAUAUUCAUUUUAUUUUUGUGUACUUUCACUGCUUAUCAUCUGCCAAAAGUACAAGAAAAAUAGGAAGUGUUACAUCAGUCAUUAUCAACUAUGAACUUAUGUAUGAGAAGGAUUUGAAGGACAAAUAAAUGAAAUGUAAAAUAA